UAGUUAAUUAAUUAACAGCACUAGCUAGAACUUGUCUUUAACCUUAAACAGUUAAACAACAAAAGUUUACGCGCUUACAAUCUAACAGUAAACUAAGUGUGACAGUUACACGGAGCUAGCUAUGUUGAUUAGCUAUUUUUGUCUAAGCAGCAGCACACCAGUCAGUUGCCCGAAACUGUACGGGUGAACAACUUGUCCAAAAAGACAGUGCUCUAGCUACUAUCCCAUCGACCAUUGCUAUAUAUAUGUUCAAAGCCUCACUAACACAGUGCAUAAAAAACUCAGUUCCUUAUUAGCCCUUCACCAGCUAGCUCUCUUGUCCAUGGCUUCCAUUCCUCAUCAAUUCUACAAUGACAAUUCACUCCCUUCUGAUUUUUACGGGCACCCAAUUCCGGUGGUGAACGGAGAAAAUGGUUGCAGUACUGCAAUUUUAGGUGGAACUGUGUGGAGUGCUAGUACUACAUGUGAAGAAAGCUUGGUACCGUUUUGUGAUAGUAGCAAUGCUGCGGCUAAUUUUGAUGUGGUGUCACCAGAAUCCAACAUCUCUUCGUCUGUUAUGGCAGCUUCGUUCCCAGAGCUACUAGGAUUAUCGGAAGAUAUUGCUGUCCCUGGUACAUAUUCGGAAUAUGGUAAUAUGGGGUUGCAUGUAAUUGGAGGGACUCCCAAUUUUGGUGGAGAAUUAAACCUUCCUUAUAUCUGUGAGCAGUUCGGGGAGGAUUGUUUUACUGGACUCAUGUCAGCCGAUUUCAAGCCGUUUAGCUUUGCUGGUCAAGAAAAUUGGGUGCCUACAGUUGAAGAUCAGUCUACAAUGAAGGUGGGAAGGUAUUCAGAAGAAGAAAGGAAAGAAAGGAUUGACAGAUAUUUAAAGAAAAGAAACCAAAGGAACUUCAACAAAACUAUUAAGUAUGCUUGUCGCAAAACCCUAGCUGAUAGAAGGGUCCGAGUUCGUGGGAGAUUUGCAAGGAACACUGAUCAUCAUGAGGAAAUAGCACAGAAAAAGACUCAGAGCAAUAUACAAACUUGCAAAGAUCAGCGAUCAGAACCGUUCUGUAGUAGUGGUGCAGUCCAGAAAUAUGACGAGGACGAUUGGCUGCAAGAGGCUGUGGCAAGUCUAAGGUACUUCCCUUAUGUCACUGGUUGACAUAGUGAAACCUAGCUAGCUAGCUGCUGUUUCAAUGUUAUAGCUAGUAACGAGCUAAUUUGAAGAGGGUAUUUCGUACUAAUCGUAGAAUUGUACGAUCUAACUAGCUAAUAUUUGUAAAAUUAAUUGGUCGAUCGAUAUUAAAGCUCAUAAUUUAUCAUUGAGUUCUAGUAUAUACACUUCUGCCGUUUAAGACAAUUUUCAUCAUUAAU